GUGGAGCUUAACAAUGAAGCAAUUUUCACAACCAUGGCUCCAUUCAAGACAGAUGAUGCACCUUAAUAUAGUUCAAUAACUUUUGUCUAAGUGUCAAUUUUCUUUGUAACACGACAGAGCCAGUGCUCACUGUCAUUUAGGUCUAAAGACACACUAUUAGUGAUCUGAAUGAUCUGAUGUCAGUUGAGGGACUGUGGAGGGAGGAGAUACAGUUUUGAAAUUUUUUAAAGUGUAGCUUUUCAAAAGAAGUCACUGCAGAUCAGAUACCAGGUCAUGACUCUUACUCCUGUUUCUACCACAUCGGUUUUGCAGGUUUCCUGUUAUGAAUGGCACCAACCCCAAGCCCACUCCCCUCAUCCCACACAUAACUGUACUUUUCCAGGAAUAAUUUAAGGAUCCUGGAGGAAGGGAGGCUAAUGAGCUAAGAGGUAAACAAAUUUUUAAAAAGUGAAAAAAUUAAAAAAAUUUUUAAAUUUGAAAAUCCCUUUGCGGAUAUAUUUUGAAAACGGGAGUCAAAAUAAAUAAGGCAAAUGUAUACACUUAAAAAUGUAUUCAGUUAUCUACAGAAAAGGAGUGAUCAGCAGAGCAGAGUAUAACCAUUGUGUUUUCAAUAUUAAGGGUAUUUUUGUAGGUUGGCUGUGGAACUUGGAGCACUUAACAUCAGGGCCUAUUGAUCAUGGAGAAGCUGAUUCCCUCCUGGUGGCUUAUUUGAGCUGCUGUAUGGGAUAUUUUUGCCAUAAUUUAUUCCACCUGUGUCUGUCAGUUCCUUUCCACUUGCCUUCUCCAUGACAUUCUGGCUCAUGUUUCUUCAUAAAGCUCUAAGCCAGUUAUUAAUAACAGCCCAGUGAGCUCCUGAUCCACCAAGAGUGUAAGGUAUUUUUCACCAGAAAGAGAGAUCAUUUUCUUGACUUUGGACUUUGCUUACUAAACCCCUGAACAGAGCCAAGGUUGCUAGGAGACCACCUGUGCUGAAUGUACUGGGCCUAGCAAGAGCAGACUGAGGGGAAAAAAAACCAAAACAACAAGGAGCUGUGCUACCUAUCAUUACCUGGGUAUAUUUCAGGGAGCAGGAAAAUUCUGAAUAUGACUGGAAAAAGUUGGAUAUUAAUUUCUACUACUACCCCCCAAAGUCUGGAAGAUGAAAUUGUGGGGAGACUUCUAAAAAUUUUGUUUGUUUUAUUUGUUGACCUAAUGUCUAUUAUGUAUGUUGUUAUAACUUCUUAGAAAGCUGACUUUACAUGUGCAUUUCAAAUUAAAUUCCAGUGAAUAAAGAUUUGUAUUUUAA